AACCGUUCGAUUUCUGUGAAAAUUCUCUGGAAGCAGAUCCUGGUCGUUCCUUCCAACCCUCUCUCAACGGAGCCAUGGGGACCCGUCACAUCCAGGGCUUGCUGCUGCUCUUUCUCCUCGGAGCCUCCUCCACUCUGGCGCAGCAUUUGUACUGUCACAAGGGGAUAUCCAUUAAUCUGGAAGAGGAUCCAAGCACAUUUAACUGGACCACGGAGAAAGUUGAGACUUGUGACAAUGGGGCGUUGUGCCAGGAAUCCCUGAUGAUGGUUAAAUCAGGGGCCAAGACAGCACUUUUGGCCACGAAGGGCUGCAGCUCCGAAGGGAUGCCGGCAAUAACCAUCGUCCAGCACGCCCCACCGCCCGGCAUAAUGGUGGUCUCCUACAGUAGCUACUGUGAGCACUCCUUCUGCGACAGCAGAGAGAACAUACCUGAGAUAUGGAACCCAGAUAUCAUCCCAGCUCCCAAUAUGUCAACAACCUUCCAGUGUCCAACCUGUUUAGCUUUUGGGGCUUGUUUGAGCGCGCCUUCUCUUCCUUGUCCCAUUGAUACAACUCGAUGCUAUCAAGGAAAACUUCGGGUUGUUGGAGGAGACAUCGACUCAACUUUAGAGGUCAAAGGCUGUACAUCUGUACCUCGUUGUGGGCUGAUGUCUGGGAUAUUCACAAUUGGACCCAUGUGGGUAAAGGAAAUGUGUCCAUACCAAUCUCUCAUUCAACCCCGAAAGGUUGGAAAUGGGGCCACCACCUGGCUUCCCAUUUCAGUUGGGAUGUUUGGGCUAUUGCUGCUGCUAUUGCUAUAAUCGCUCGACAAUGUUCCUGUGGAGACAUCUGUCCUGAGUCACAGGACACCUCUUUGGACUGGGAGCCUCCGACUGCUGGUCAUGAGUGAUGAGCAGGUGGAGACUUGAAGAACAGAGAGUU